UCUUCCAGCCCAGCCGGCCACAUCUGGCGUCUGCCCGCCCUUGUUUCCGCUGCAUCGAGACUUCCCCCGGGGUGGCUGGAGGCUGUGUGUGCAUCUAGAGUUUUCAAUAUAUAAAGAGAUUGCCAGGACCUGCAAGCACCCUCCGCAGUGGCGCGUGCUGGAACGCGGGACUCCGUUAUGAGCCCCUGAACCCUGCAAAGCGGGCAAUUGAGUAAGGGCAUCUCAGAACUCCGUGCGGCCUUGAGGAGCGGGCGCCAUCCGGGCGGACCGCAGCACACAGCCAGAGACCUCGGGGUGAUACACAGAACCCGGGAGCACGAUGGUGAAGGCACCAGUGGCCAGGGGAGCGCUCGCUGGCCCUCUGCGGAUUCUCUGCAUCUUGUGCUGCCUGCUGGGCCGCGCCAGCGCUGCACCGUCGCCCAUCAUCAAGUUCCCUGGUGAUGUCGCCCCCAAAACAGACAAAGAGUUGGCAGUGCAAUACCUGAACACUUUCUAUGGCUGCCCCAAGGAUAGUUGCAACCUCUUUGUGCUGAAAGAUGCCCUCAAGAAGAUGCAGAAGUUCUUUGGGCUGCCCCAGACAGGUGACCUUGACCAGAAUACCAUCGAGACUAUGCGGAAGCCACGGUGUGGCAACCCAGAUGUGGCCAACUACAACUUCUUCCCCCGCAAGCCCAAGUGGGACAAGAACCAGAUCACAUACAGGAUCAUUGGUUACACACCUGACAUGGACUCUGAUACAGUGGAUGAUGCAUUUGCUCGGGCCUUCCAAGUGUGGAGCAACGUGACUCCUCUACGCUUUUCUCGAAUCCAUGAUGGCGAAGCUGACAUCAUGAUCAACUUUGGCCGCUGGGAGCACGGAGACGGAUACGCAUUUGAUGGCAAGGAUGGACUUCUGGCACAUGCCUUCGCCCCGGGCACUGGGGUUGGGGGAGAUUCUCACUUCGAUGAUGAUGAGCUGUGGACCCUGGGGGAAGGACAAGUGGUCCGGGUAAAGUAUGGCAAUGCUGAUGGCGAAUACUGCAAGUUCCCCUUCCUGUUUAACGGUCGGGAAUACAACAGCUGCACUGACGCCGGCCGUAGCGACGGCUUCCUCUGGUGUUCCACCACAUACAACUUCGAGAAGGAUGGCAAAUAUGGCUUCUGCCCCCAUGAAGCCUUGAUGACCAUGGGCGGCAAUGGAGACGGACAGCCCUGCAAGUUCCCGUUCCGCUUCCAGGGCACCUCCUACAACAGCUGUACCACUGAGGGCCGCACGGACGGCUACCGCUGGUGUAGCACCACUGAGGACUAUGACCGAGAUAAGAAGUAUGGAUUCUGCCCGGAGACUGCUAUGUCCACUGUGGGCGGAAAUUCGGAAGGUGCCCCAUGUGUCUUCCCUUUCAUUUUCCUGGGCAACAAACACGAAAGCUGUACCAGCGCCGGCCGUAAUGAUGAAAAGCUGUGGUGUGCGACCACAAGCAGCUACGAUGAUGACCGCAAGUGGGGCUUCUGUCCUGACCAAGGAUAUAGCCUGUUCCUUGUGGCAGCCCAUGAGUUCGGCCAUGCCUUGGGGCUGGAGCACUCACAGGACCCUGGAGCUCUGAUGGCUCCCAUCUAUACCUACACCAAGAACUUCCGCUUAUCCAAUGAUGACAUCAAGGGGAUCCAGGAGCUCUAUGGGUCCUCCCCUGAUGCUGAUACUGACACUGGUACUGGUCCCACUCCUACACUGGGACCUGUCACUCCGGAGAUCUGCAAAGAUGACAUUGUCUUUCAUGGCAUUGCCCAGAUUCGUGGUGAGGUCUUUUUCUUCAAGGACCGGUUUAUAUGGCGGACGGUGACACCACGUGACAAGCCCACGGGACCCUUGCUGGUGGCCACAUUCUGGCCUGAACUCCCAGAAAAGAUCGAUGCUGUGUACGAGGCCCCACAGGAAGAGAAGGCUGUGUUCUUCACAGGGAACCAGUACUGGGUCUAUUCUGCCAGCACCCUGGAGCGAGGAUACCCCAAGCCACUGACCAGCCUGGGCUUGCCCCCUGACGUCCAGAAAGUAGAUGCUGCCUUUAACUGGAGUAAAAACAAGAAGACAUACAUUUUCGCUGGAGACAAGUUCUGGAGAUACAAUGAGGUGAAGAAAAAAAUGGAUCCCGGUUUCCCUAAACUCAUCGCAGAUUCCUGGAACGCCAUCCCUGAUAACCUGGACGCAGUCGUGGACCUGCAGGGCAGUGGUCACAGCUUCUUCUUCAAAGGUGCUUUUUACCUGAAGCUGGAGAACCAAAGUCUGAAGAGCGUGAAGUUCGGAAGUGUGAAAUCGGACUGGCUGGGCUGCUGAGCUGGCCCUGUUCCCACAGGCCCUAUAAUCCACAUCACUGCAUACCAGGCCCAGAGCACCACACCGGAGAAGGAUGGGGAGGGGCCUGGCUGCUCUGCCUUCAGCUCUGUAGUUAAUCAGCCCCCUCCUUCACCUCAUGAUUUAAGAGUUCAGAGAGUGGCUUCUUUUUGUACCCAAAGAAAGGUGCUGAUUGCACCCCUCCCAGGUGCUUCUUGCCCCUGUGACCCCCCUAGGGGGUGCUUGGAUAAUCUCAAU